GUCAUAACUCAUCGACCACAACCUCACUUUUUAUACAUAUAUUUCCAUUAAGAAAUAUUUAAAAAUAGUAUGAAUAAUGAGUAGUUUUAGAUACUUACGAAUUAAUUCGAACAUCCCCCUUCUCGCCAACAACUUAAUAGACGGGGUAAUUUCGAGAAAUUAUGCGUUAAAAAGCGAUUUGAAAAUCAAAUGGGUCCGUCCCGAGAAAGUACCAUUCUACAAACCGCAGAACAGCGGUGAUUUACAGAGUUUUCCGGAAAUAAAUCGCAAGCAGUUCCUCCUCGAGUUCCAAAAUUCCAAAGAGCUGCAAACAGCGGACGAAAAUGUCAAGAAACUAUUCACCUUAGAAUUCGCACCUAAGAAGUUCACCAACAAGGUAUUUUACAAGAGCAUGGAACAGCGCGUAAAGAGGCACGAAUACGAUUACAGUUCGAUAGAAGUCAAAUUGGCCCGGUGGACCGGAGUCAUCCGAGCCCAGCAGGAACUCAUCGAAAAAUUCCCAAGGAAUAAAUGGCUCAAAAUAGCGCUGAAAGAGCUAAUCGAUAAAAGAACCAAACACUUGAGGUACUUGAGACGUUGGGACUACAAGAAAUUCGAAUGGUUGUUGGAAACCCUGGAUUUGGUGUACAAGCCUUUGCCCACGGAACCUUUCCAAGUCACUCGUAAGGACUCCCUGCAGCGAUUGACCGGUAUUUACGUCGAUAACAUCAAAUCGCAAAGGUUAGAGAAGUACAGAUUGCAAUUAGAGAGCGAACAGCCAGCUUUCUUGGAAGAGAAAAUUCGCAAUCUGCAAUACAUCCGGGACGAGCAGAAAGCAUGCGGAGUCGAAGUGACUGUUACAUUCGAGGAAAUCGAGCAGGUUAAGCAGAAAUUGGAGGAUUUAAAAGCCAAAAACGAAAAGCGCAGUAGUGAAUUAGAGAAUGAAUAAAUUGAAUAAAAUAUUGUGAGAAUUUAUAUUUUAUUCCAAUCCCUCUUUUACUGAUGUAGUCGAGUAUAUUUUACAUACAAAUAAUCUGAUAUUUUACUCGGGAAUUCUACGUAUAAUA